AUGCGCAGCGGGGGUGACCUUGACUGUGAAACGAUUGACAGACCGUGUCGAUACAGUGCUUCUACAUCCAAUUCACCUCAGUAUGUGGCAGCCAAUGGCCAGGCUACAGAGGCUUCACGUAUCAUUCCGUUUCAGCCCUCGGGCAACAUGAGCAUGCCCGUUCUUCACCCGUACAACCAUCCUUCGCCGCAACAGCGUUUAUACCACGCUGAAGGCCGUGAGCACGACGAGGCCGUUCUAACUCUCGGCUCUCCCUCUCGCUCACGUAGCCAGGACAGUUCAAUCGGUUUCGAGGAGACGCUGUUGAAGGCUACGACAGGCGACGACUCUGAUCGCCACCUCGAUGGUGCGCCCGCCACCCUCGCCCAUCCGCACACUCAGUCGCUCCCGCACCGGGCAGCUCUGGCAUCUCGCCUAUCCCUGGACACAGUGCAGGCGGAAAUGGAAAGACAUAAAUGGGAACCAGACGAACUUGUCCAUCGUGCCGCUCUCAAGAUCGACAUUGCAGCGUUUGUUACGCUCGCACGCGACUAUGACUUAUUGCCUCCUCCGAGCAGAGAUACCGGUCUCUCAGACGUUCACAAAGUCAUUGUCGAUGACGGAUCGACCGACAUUGUCAAAGUUGACGCGUUGUUUGACGAACGGGUUUCGUCACGGGCACAACCAGUUGCUCGCGAUGAUGUUCAUGGUCGUGUAGCGCGGGACAGCAUCCAUCGCGUGCCAUCUGGCGUCACGGCUUCAUCAAGUUCCCCGCAUAUAACCCGUCAAAGCUCAUCUUCUGGUCAACUGCUCAGACGGCUGUCUCGGUACGAAGAUGCUCGGGAAAGCGAAGGCUGUACCUCUAAUAUUUCUGUGCAUAUCGACUCCAACAACCACGACGUCAGUAUCACUAUGCAGCGGGUUGAAGACAUCGAACGUAAUGAAAAUAGAACGACCACUGAAAGUCCUCCGAGCAACGGUGAAAGUGAGAUGUCGAUACCCAAUGAUGACGAAAGCAAUCCUCAGGAGGUAGAGAAGGACACAGAAGAGCACGAAGAUGCUGAGGGUGACGAUGGCGACAACGCGGAAUGUGAUGAUGAGGACGGGGAUAAAGAAGAGGACGAGCAUACCGAUGACAAGGAACAGGACGAAGACGAAGAUGAGGAGGAUGAGAUCGAGCAUGAGCUGACCAGUAGCAAUCGUAAAGACAAGACAAACAAACUCACGCAUAACGUAGUUGCCAAAUCUUCGCGCUAUCAUCAGAAAAAUGCACACGCUAGGCGAAUUCAGGAACUAAUGGUCGACUUCUUGGCUCUCCCUCGCACGAAACCUCUCCAACCAGUCAACUUCAGAGACGUCAUCAUGAGUGAACCCAAUGGCAUUCGACCAACUUUGGAUAGGCAAGGUUAUCAGCGCAUCGUUGCUGGAAUAUUUUGGACCAACAAAAAGGGCUGGGAGCGACUUUUCGAGGGACCUGCGUGGCAUGACACAUCAAAUGCAUUGCAGCAUGCUCGUCAAUCAAUCAAGGUGGCAUCUGUGUCGAGCGUAGUCGACAGGUUGACCUGUCGCGCUGAAUUGAUCCACAGUUCGCGUCACACAAGCACAGCACAGCUCUUUCUUCAUCGACUGCUGGCAAAGAUCGACAUUAUCAAGUGGGCCGUAGACUACGCGGCUUUAGACAAUUCAUCCAAGAUGCCUUUGUUGCGCCAGAUAUUCAAAGCUCAACAUCCUCAUUUGUUUUCCGAUGUUUCAGACAAAGAUCCAUGGCAUUCGGCUAAGCCCCAGUUCAUGCAGUGGCAGAAGCACAUGGCGAACGAAAUAACCAUGUAUAAUCGUAUGCUGGAGAUGUACACCCAUUUCGGUUCAAUCAUCCUAAUGGAUCCUGUGUGGAGCGAGAACGCGUUGCGAUCUCACAGUCAUUCCACCGUGCACUCGGCGAUGCUGCAACUUUCUCAGCAUAUGGCCGCAACCAUCCAAUUCAAUGGACAUUCUUAUCACGGUCUAUCGCCCCUGCAACCCGCGAUCGAACAGUCGCUGUUGGCUAUCACGGAGAUUCUUGCUGGUCCAUUCGUUGCGCAAUAUGUUUACGAAUUCAUGGAUCACAUGCAGGAAUCAUUAAUUAUCGAUCCGUGGCCGGGUUUUGACAAGCACUCCAUGAUUAUAUGA